UUUGAAUUCCUUGUCUAUUUUAGAUCAGAACAAUUUUUAUGUCCCCAUUUUUAUUGGGUGUCAGGACAUUUGUUCUUGUGCUUAAGCUUAACCCUCCAUGGUGCAAUGUCCUUCAUGUGACGGGGAUCCAAAGGAAUGCAGCGUCUGGGGUCACUGCAUCACCACUUCUUUUUAGGCUCUCGUAAACCUCUCUUAAACCCUUGCCCUUUCUAUUCGUUCAUCUCUAUCUGUACUUUUAGCUACUCUCCUGAUUCAACAGAAGUCAUUUACGACAAUCUUCUGAAGUCCUGUGAUGGCUUGGCUUUUCUCAAACAGAUACAUUCGGUUCUCACCACCACCAGUCUCAUCGAUAAAAGCCCUCACUUGGGUGCCCAAAUUAUCAUCAAAUAUGCUCAAUUUGGAGACCCCAAUUCCGCUAGAGCGUUGUUCGAUCAUAUUAAUAUCCAUGGUGACAAGCCUAGUUCUUUCCUUUGGAAUACGAUGAUUCGGGCUUAUGCAAAUGGUGGCCACUGUUUCGAAACGUUGCAGUUAUAUUCGGUCAUGCACAGAGCCGGCAUUUCACCGAACAACUACACUUUUCCUUUCAUAUUUAAGGUCUGUGCUUCGAACUCGUUGAUUCUUCUAGGGAAAGUGGCUCAUGGAGAUGCUUUGAAAACUGGAUUCGAUUCGGAUUUAUAUGUUGAGGCUGCUUUGGUGGACAUGUACGCAAAAGGCGAUCAAUUUUGUGAUGGUCGCAAGAUUUUCGACGAAAUGUCGAUGAAGGAUUUAGUUUGCUGGACAGCAAUGAUCACAGCCUAUGAACAGGCUGAGAAACCUGAAGAGGCUCUCAUUUUGUUCCAAAAAAUGCAACAGGAGGGGCUUUUGGCGGAUUCAGUUACUAUUGUGAGCGUUGCCUCUGCUAUUGGUCGAUUAGGAGAUGCCAAGAGGGCUCAAUCAGUUCAUUGUUAUGCCAUUCGCCAUUUGUUUCUCGAGGAAAUAUGUGUUGCCAACUCAGUUAUUGCUAUGCAUGCCAAAUGUGGGGAUAUGGAUAAGGCUUGCUUGGUUUUUGAUAUGAUGGAUGAAAGAAAUUCUAUCUCGUGGAACUCUCUGCUUUCGGGCUAUACCCAAAAUGGAAAAGCCAGUGAAGCUCUGCUACUUUUUGAUGAGAUGCGUGAUUCUGGAUGUGAACCUAACCCAGUGACAGCAUUGAUCAUGGUUGCAGCCUGUGCGUAUUUGGGCUCGUCCCAUCUUGGAAGGAAAUUCCAUGAUUUUAUUCUUGAUAGUAAAAUGAAAGUUGACAUGAACCUUUGGAAUGCGCUGAUGGACAUGUAUGCCAAAUGUGGAGACCUAGAAACUGCUGUGGAAAUAUUCAGUGGUAUUCAUCCAAGUGAGCGGGAUGUUUGUUCUUGGAAUGUAUUGAUUUCUGGGUAUGGCAUGCAUGGAUAUGGAAAAGAAGCGCUGAAACUCUUCUCUAGAAUGCAAGAGGAAGGUGUUGAGCCAAACCACAUUACUUUCACAUCAAUUCUUUCUGCUUGUAGCCAUGCAGGCCUUGUUGAUGAAGGGAGAAAGUGUUUCAGAGACAUGACAAAGUCCGUGACACCAGAGAUGAAACACUAUGCUUGCAUGGUUGAUAUGCUUGGACGAGCUGGGCUCUUGCAGGAAGCAUUUGAUCUUAUUAAAGAAAUGCCAGCACCUCCAAAUGAUUCUGUAUGGGGUGCUCUGCUUUUGGCUUGCAAAAUCCAUGGGAACAUGGAAUUAGGUAAAAUUGCAGCCAACAAUCUAUUCCAGCUUGAGCCAAACCAUACGGGAUACUAUGUGUUAAUGUCAAACAUAUAUGCAGCUUCAAACAGGUGGCAAGAAGUUGGGAAACUGAGACAAGAUAUGAAGAAUAAGGGCCUGAAGAAACCUGCAGCGUUUAGUGUGAUUGAGUAUGGCAGUGAAAUUCAUGGGUUCCACACAGCUGACCAUGAAAACCCAUAUUGGCAAGAGGUUUACAGAAAAGUCGAGAGCUUGACGAUUGAAAUGAAGUUGGCUGGGUAUAUACCAGAUCUAUCAUGUGCUCUGCAUGAUGUGGAAGAGGAAGAUAAGGAGCACAUCUUAAACUAUCACAGUGAGAAACUAGCUGUGGCUUUUGGAAUUCUGAUGAUUAAUUCAGGAAUGGCAAUUCGAGUCACGAAGAAUCUUCGGGUUUGCAAUGACUGUCAUUUAGCCUUCAAGUAUAUUUCGUGCAUAUAUGGACGGAGGAUUAUUGUAAGAGAUGCAAAUCGGUUCCAUCACUUUCAAGGUGGCAGUUGCUCAUGCAAGGAUUAUUGGUAAAUAGCACAUGUUAAACCCUAGCAACUCAGCUUUGAUGGUCAAGUAUUGACAUUGAAGUCUUUUGGAA